GUACUGAGAUUGUGCACCCUGAACUUACCGUAAAGGUUAUGGUUUUAUAUGUUUGUGAUUUUAUUAUUUAUUUAAUUAGUUAAUAAAAAAAAAGUACAACAAUGUGUUAAGAUUUAAUGUGACAUCAGCUUAACAAAAUGUUGUACGAUGAUUUUAAACCUAUUGUAGACCUACUCCUUAAUAACUGGACAGCAUUGCAAUUAGCUGUUGAACAUGGAAUGGGAGCACCAGGAGGAAUAAAGACUGCUCAGCUGAUGUCAGUAUAUAUAGCAAGAUAUUGCGUAGAGAAUAUUGUUGACAGGGAGGAUCUCACGGAAUUGUUGGAGGAUUUGAUGGAUGAAGAAUUUGAUACUGCAUGCCAUGACAACUCAACUAAAGAAAUAGCAACACUACUCCUAUUAUACCUUGAACUACUAAAAGAGGGCAGACAUGACGAGCUCCGGGCUAGGAUAGAAGCAAUGCCGAAAUGUCAGAUCUGGCUAAGUGUACCCAUGCAUUCUUCAGUACCACCACAAUGCCAUGGCAAUCCAGAUGACGAUAGCACCAGUAGCAGCAGUGAAGAUGAUAAUGAUGGCAGCAAUGUUACAGAAAACAUGAAUGGUGAAGCAUCAUCAUCAAGACAGAAUGACACAGUUGAGCCAAUGGAUGAAGAUCAGGAACCAGGAUGGAUGGUAGUCAGAAGUAGAAGGAAAAAAUAAAAUUGAAUAAAACCGAAUAUUUAUUUACACCAUGAUGAAAUUUGUGCUUUUAAACACUCUAGAACAAAUAGAGGAAAAUCAUCUGCACAAGUUAACUUUAGUAAAACUGUUAUAGAUGUACUUUUAAAUAUGAUUAGGGUAGUUUUUACCUUUCUCUUAAAUUUUAUAGCAAAAAACAACUUGUUACUAUAUUUGUUAAUAAAUUUAAUACAUAUUUCAAUUAAAUAAUGAAUAUCUGUUAACCAAAAACAGUUAUUGUGAUAUGGUAUUAAAGUAAAUGCCCAUAUACAAAUGUGUAUACAUAAGUUGUAUCUGCAUUUGUGUGAUUGAUUUCAAACUGUAGGAAAUGUAACAUAGUAAAGUAAUAGAAAUAUGGAUGUACAUUGUGUAUUGUAUGUUUUUUUUUCUCCAUUCGUUAUUAUGUAUCGACUACUUCCAAUUGCAAUGAAGAUCUAAAAAUGUCUGCUAUUUCAUAGUUUCAUAUUAAGGUGUAAGGUAGAGGUAGAAAGUGAUACAAUUUGAUGUAUUGUUAAGGUAGGACUUACUUUCACAAUGUAGGAAGAUUUCUAUUAUUUUGUUAUUGCAAAGUACCUACUUAUUUGUUUAAAUAAAUGUUGAUUUAAUUAC